GUGACGUCACAUCGCCUCUUGUUACUUUUUCUUGCUUACCUUUAUCUUGCCCCUUCCCACCCUUCUUUUCCCUUGUCUUUCCUCCCUCCUUCCCUUCCCCUCCAGUCCCAUGACCUCUUCCCCUCCCAUCCUCCUUAAAAUUUCAGCCCCUCCAACUUCACCUCAAGCAGACUGUCCUGACAACUACUCCUUCCCUCCUGAGUCUCCGUCGCCAUGCAGGAAAGGAUUCACCCCUGUUCUCACUCUCGAGGUGCCUGUGGCACCUGGGAAAGAGUUCAAUGACCACCUUUCCUGUACUGCUGGCCUUCCUCCAAAUGCAGGCAACAGAUUCACCAACCCCCCUUACUCUAGAAAACCUUUCUCUUGCCUCGCCAUUUCCUCUCCUUGCGUACCUCGACGGAUCCCCACGCCACCCCUUCCGCCCCCAUUACUCUCCUCCCCACCCCCACCGGAGAGGUGUUCUUUUGAGCCCUUUUCUCCUCUCCUAGGAAGGCUGUACAGCCAAGAGCCAGCUGGUUCAUCCCCUACGAGUCCUUGUAUUGGCCGAUACAGCCUUCAGGGGCCACCCUCUCCUCAUCAGCGGAACCUUUAUUGCAACUGUAUUGGUUCCCCAGAACCCCAGCGUUCAUGUCCUCCAAGUCCGCGUCUUUGUUAUGUGACUUCCCCACCUCUCAUUCAUCAACCCCCUAGAGUCAGCCCAGUAACUUCCCCUCAACUUACUCAUAUAACCUUGGAGACAGGCCCCGUGAUUUCGACUCCUCUUAUGCCAGCGUCCCAGGGAAAUUACUCCAUAAUUUCACCUCUUCUUACCCACCGGCCCCUGAGAACUGGCCUUACAGUUUCACCUCCCUUUGCUCACCGGUCUGUGGAACCUAAACCUUUAAACCCUGCAUCCGUUUCUCCCCACUGGUCCGCUGGAAGAAGUUACAAUGAUCCUCCCCUUUCUUCAGCAUCUGCCCCGCCCUCUGGCAACCCUUACCUUGACCACCUUGCGCCUCCUCCGGACUCUUGUGAACCUAAACCACAGCUUGAUGUACCUCUUGGGAAAAAUGACUGUGGCCCUCCACUUUCUUCUCAGGCAGGCAUGCCUGGCUCUUCCGUCUCACCCCAUUAUUCCCAUUUAUGCCCAGAUUCCCAGAUAUCUGCCGCUAGGAGUCCUUGCUGUGUUAUCAACCUACCGCCUGAGGAUGCUGGUUCUCCUAGUUCAUCCCUGCCUCAGGCUCUCCAGAAGCCCUGCUUAGGGUCUUUUCUGUGGGAGCCUGGGGGGAACUCUUACCUCUUUUUAACCACAGGUCCUGUAGUUUCUGGUCCUUCCUGCCCCACAGAACCACCUCUUCCUCAGUGUCCUUGUCCUCCCCUGUAUUUCCCAUCUCCCCUGGACAACCAGUGUGCAGCUCCACCUCAGCCACCCAUAAGUUAUAACGAACCCUGCCUUCCUACCCCCGCUCCUCCUCAAAUGAAGUCUCCCAAAUCCUCGGAAUCACAACGCCCUCCCUACAAGUGUCGCUCCCUAGUCAACACACCCCACCACACCCCUCCUACCCGUCCUAAAUCCCAUAAGACCAACACCUGCCCUCAGCCUCCCCCGAAGUCCUUUGGCCCCUCUAGUCCGCUUAUGGAGCCAGCUAUCACAACUACUUCAAAUUCCGGCCCAAAAGAACUUCCCGAGACCGCCGACCUCAAAACUGUUGCUCCUACUUCCUGUCCUCAUAGCUCGCCUUGUAAUCCUGCCUUGCCCAGUAGAUAUCCUAAGAGCAGUCCCCACGGACCACCUCCAGUUUCCCCCUGCAAUACUCAUAUGUAUCCUGUGGUUCCUCCCACCUCCCAUUUAUCCCCACUCUCUAGUCCCCCAAAUCAGUCUAUACAUCUCCCUCAGAACCAACCUGUGGUUCUCCCCUGUGGCACUUAUUCGGCUCCCAGGGGUCCACCAUCCCAUGGCAAGUCUGUGGCGCCUCCUUGUUCCACCCAUAUCUAUUCUUUUAUCCCUCUGAGAACACCCUUUGACCCCCGAUGUUUACCUGUUGUCCCUCGAACUCAGUUUUGCCCUAAUACUAUUCCCUGUGGUGUUCAUACCUAUGCCGUGACCUCUCGAGGCCCACUGAACAAUCCCUCCCAGAUUCCCUACAGCUGUCCUUUGCCUCCAUCCAAGACCUCCUCCACCUGUAGCACUUCUGCCAGUUCAACUGUUAUAUGUACUGACUAUCAAAGUAGUGACAGCCAGAUUGACCAGCAAAACAAAAGUCAGAGCCAGAACCGGAGUGGCUCCCUUCAUACUCAGAGCAAGAGUCCCCCCCUAAGAAGGGGUACCUUUCUGAGCAGGAGUCGGAGCCGGAGCAGUAGUCCUCUCCAAAGCAGUACUCAGGACCGCAGUGAGAGUACCAAGAAAAGUCAGAAGCAAAGCAAGAGUUCUCCAGAUGGUAAAGUUGAGAGCCAGAGCAAGAGUCUCCAGCAUAGGAAAAGUGUGGCACAGAUCAAGAGUCCCCACAGUAAGAAGAAAUAGUGAUCAGAACACAUGUUCUGACCAGAACAAAAACCCAGACUAGGGUAGAAGUCGCAUUAACAAGACUGUCAUCAGUAGUAUCUCAGUUGUUGCAACGAGGACUGGCUUGUGGACUCCUUGUCUGAAGUCUUCUGUUCUUUUUAAAAUCUGACUCAAGUCCUUUACUGUGAGCCCAUAGCAAUCAUCUAGAAGUUUCUGCUUUAAUUCCUACCUUAAGAUUCUGUGAACUGUCUUUAUUCUGCCUUCCUGAGGUCUGGGACAUCUAAAACAUCUAGCUCUCUGAUUCGGUACAUUAUGUUGUCCAUUCACUGCAUUAUCUUAGGCUACCACAGAACCACAGUCCACUGCCAGUCGGCUUGCUCUGCAGAAUUUUGACAUGACCUACAGUGUACAGUUUGGGGAUCUUUGGCCAUCAAUCCGUGUUAGUCUUCUCUCAGAGCAGAAAUAUGGUGCAUUAGUCAAUAAUUUUGCUGCUUGGGAUAGUGUGAGUACCAAACUAGAGCAGCUGAGUGCCAAGGACUUCAUCAGUGAAGCCAUCUCUCACCAGAAACUGGAGCCCGAGAGUGGCCUCUCUCCAACUUCAUCCCUGGACUGCAGCCCAAACCUUCGAUGCUUCACUUUUUCCAGAGGGGAUGUCAGCCGCUUUCCACCUGCCAGACUUGGCAGCCUGGGUCUCAUGGACUACUACCUGAUGGAUGCUGCCUCCUUGCUACCUGUCCUGGCUCUUGGUCUGCAGCAUGGAGACAUUGUGCUUGACCUGUGUGCCGCUCCUGGGGGAAAAACACUGGCAUUACUUCAGACGGGCUGUUGCCGUAAUCUAGCUGCCAACGACCUCUCCACUUCCCGAACAGGCAGACUACAGAAGGUCCUUCACAGUUAUGUGCCUCAAGAUAUUAGGAAAGGGAACCAAGUUCGAGUAACCUCAUGGGAUGGCAGGAAGUGGGGAGAACUGGAGGGGGACACCUAUGAUAGGGUGUUAGUAGAUGUGCCAUGUACCACAGACCGCCACUCCCUUCAUGAGGAAGAGAACAACAUCUUUCAGCGGUCAAGGAAGAAGGAACGACAGAUGUUGCCUGUGCUGCAGGUGCAGCUUCUUGCGGCUGGACUCCUUGCCACCAAACCAGGAGGUUACGUUGUCUAUUCCACUUGCUCACUGUCACACUUACAGAAUGAGUAUGUGGUACAAGGUGCCAUUGAGCUUCUGGCUAAUCAAUACAACAUCAAGGUUCAAGUGGAAGACCUAUCUCAUUUCCGAAUGUUUUUCAUGGACACAUUCUGUUUCUUCCCAUCCUGCCAGGUUGGAGAGCUGGUGAUACCAAACCUCAUGGCCAAUUUUGGACCUAUGUACUUCUGCAAAUUGCAUAGGUUGCCAUAGUGUCACCCUGUCCCUAAAGUAGGAAGGUGAUGACUCCGUUGGAGGCAUUGAAACUGAGGCUGGUGGCAGAUGAAUCCCAAGGCCUGUUUCUAUCUAUUACAUGUAAACAGCAGGAAGUAGGGACUGCUGCCCAGCUAUGGAUUAUCAGCAGGUUUCUAACUCAUACUGUCACUUCUAUCUCUUAGCCUCUACUAAGGCCCCUGCUCCAUUAGGGAUUAAGACAGAAUCCGUGAAUAAGCCCAUAAUUUAAGUUGUAAACUCAGGAAGAAACAUUUAGCCAAUAAAAUUGCUGAAGUGCUCUAAGGGUGGCCUGCAGUUGGGGACAUCACAUCAGUCUAAGUUCUGUUAUGUUUAUGUGUCAGCUGAAGCUGCCAAGCACUCUCUCCAAAGUGCCCAAACCAGGCCUCCAGACCUCCCACACUGGUGUGUUCCAUAUAAUCAGCCCACAGGCCCACCAGCCUCCCCAAGUGUCCCCAGAUGGCACAUGGUCUAAUUUAAGGACUAAGUAACUGAAGCGCUUGAGCCUGUGGCUGAGAUCCUCACAGAGAGGAAGCUUUCCUAAGCUGAGUGCUUCUGGCUCUCCUUCAGAUGCGGCUGCAAAAGGUGCUUCUGCUCUUCUGUGCUGCUGCCUUUAUUUCUUCAUAUAGCAGCAAGUGCUCUGGGAAUCCCUGUAUGACAGCUGUGGAGCUGUCAGAUAACUAGACUAUGGGAUAGUUGCCUUUCCUCGCCUUCAGAACGGCAACCUACUUCUUUUCGCUCUCCAAGUACUUAGGAAUUUCCUGACAUUUUAUUUCAAAUGUCUUGUUAUGUCUAGUCUGUGGGCCAGUUCUGGCGCUUGCUUUGGCUCAUCUCCAAAUUCUUCAGAGUUCUUCCAUGUAACAGGGCUUUACCUCACACACAGUGUUUUGUGGUGACCUUCUAUAAGGUGCUGACUUACAUGCUGAUCGUUCUGUAACACUUGUCAGAACAAAGCAACUUUUAGUGCCAGAAGAUAGUAAACAUUGCUUAUGGUCAACUGUGUUUGUAUGUGUGUGCGUACCUUGUCAAUAAUUUGAAUAUUUCUUGGCUUUCCCCACUUUCUUUAUUCCUCCUUUAUUGCCGUUCUUUUCAUCUUUCAUGCCUCCCCUGUUAAUCCGUAUUUGAGUGUUAGAAGUAUCCCCUGAGAAGGACGCUAGCAAAGGUUAAGACAUCUCCUGUCUUGAGGUCUGUAUUAUAACUGAGGGCCCUGGAAGGCCUUCCAGACUUUAAGUCAACUGAAGGUAAUAAGAUAGAAGUACAGGAAACUUGGCUGACAUCUGAAUAGGACCCUCACCAGCCUCUGUUCAUGCCUGCUGUUUACUCUGUACUUAGUAUUGCUGAAGCUGAGAGACCUUUAGUGCCUGAGUUUCUGCCUCUUGGCUAUCCAUCUGAUGUUAAGCAGUAAUCACUGAGGAGGAGAGGGUCUGCUGGCCCGUGCAUCAUGGUAAUUGACUGACAAAUUAGGUAGGAAAAACAGAGGACAACUGUAUUAGGCAGGGUUUUUUAGAUGAACGGAACCAAGAGCAUAUGUAUGCAUGCACACACACACAAGUAUACAUGCACAUAUGUGCAUGUGUUAUAAGGGGGAUUUAUUGGAGUGGAAAGAGGCAGAGUAGCCCACCAAUGCCCGUCUGCACACUGAAGAGGCAGAGAACGAGGUUCCCGAGAAUGUCCGAGAAGUUUUGAUCCAACACUGAAGUUUGGAAGCUUCCUGGAAAGUUGCUGCUAUUGAAUCAGUGUUGAGGAACUGAAGAAUUGGUCUGAUGUUUGGUGGGCAGCAAUGGCAGUAGGAGGUAUCACUUGGAGCAGAAAGAGUCUUGCUGGUUGGAGGGUUCCCUUCCCCUACUUACCUUCAUCAAAAGGGCAGUUUGCCCUUUUGAGGGUCCCACUCAUAUUCAGGAUGGAUCCUUUCCUCCCUAGCCACUGUCCCAUGUGCCAAUCCUCCUGAAACAUCCCUAGAGGCGUACAGAUGUGUUUCACUAGUCUGAUGCAUCUUUUAAUCCAGUCAUAUUAAUAACUCAGAGCAACUAUCACAACAACUUUGGAAAAUGGUUUGUCUCCUGUAAUUGAACAUACCCUGCCCUCUAACUCAGUUACUACAGUGCUAAGGAUAAACUCAAGGGAAACUCAUACAUAUAUCCCAGUGCACUUCUGAAGGAUGUUCAUACAGGCCUGCUUACAAGCAAAGCCCAGGCACAGUCCACAGGUCACUGCACAAGAAAGUGGAUGAAUAAACUGGAUAUU